AUGGAAGAAUUCUAUAUUCCUGGAAAGUCAAAGCGUAGGCCUUCUAUUGUUACUUAUUCUCAUCACUUACGUGUUGAACUUUUUUAUACAGUGAUCGAUUUGCAAGUUCAAGAGCUUAACCGUCGUUUCGAUGUUGUUAGUGGUAACUUGCUUCUUGGUAUGGCUAGCUUGAAUCCGGCUAACUCGUUUGCUAAUUUUGACAAAGAAAGAAUAAUGACCUUGGUCAAGUAUUAUCCAGAUGAGUUUGAUGAAUUGAAGUUUCGAGAUCUUAGUCACCAACCUGAAACUUUCAUAUUGCACAUGCAACAUGGUGACCCUAGAUUCUCAGAUUUGAAAGGAAUUAGUGACUUGGCAAAAGCGUUGGUUGAUGCAAAUCUUGUAGAGACAUAUUCACUUGUUUAUUUACUUGUGAAGUUGACUCUAAUUUUACCUGUCGCGACUGCAACGAUAGAAAGAGCAUUCUCAUCCAUGAAGUACAUCAAAGAUGAAUUGCAUAGUAGUAUUGGUGAUGCAUUUUUAAAUGAUUAUUUAGUUUGUUACUUUGAAAAAGAAGUAUUCACAAAUGUAAGCAAUGAUGCUAUUAUUGACCGUUUUCAGAGUAUGAAAAAGCGUCGAGUUCAAGUAUAA